CCAAUAAAAACCCACGUAGACCCUCCAAAGGGGUCUCGUCCCAAACACUGCCAACGUGUUUAGGUAGACAUGUAAUGGACAGUGUUGACUUCUCUCCUCCACUGCGGCCUCUACAAGAUCCAAAAAUGACGGUGGAGCAACUUGGAAUCGGACAUCAGAUGAUGAGAUAUUGUCUCAUCGCGUUUAACAUCGUCUUCUUCGUGGCGGGGUUUGGGUUGAUGGUUGUGGCCGCUGCUUCCCUGACGUGGAUGGACGGCGUGUUUGACUUCAGCAGGUCCGACAUUCCGGUCUCGCAGAUUCUCCUCCUCGUGGUCGGCCUCAUCAUCUGUGUUGUGACCGUGGUCGGGUGUUACGGAGCUGAGAAGGACAAUGUGUAUCUUCUGAAAGCUUAUGCUGGAAUUCUGUCCAUUCUUCUACUUCUGACACUGAUUGGAGGAAUACUAGGUUUCCAGAUGAGGGGCAAACUUCGGUCCAGAAUAAAGGAGGAUCUCAUGGAUUUUCUGAGGGGCUGGAACCCUUCAAACAGGAAAGCGUUCGACCUGGUGCAGAAAAAGCUGCAGUGUUGUGGAGUCGAAAACUACACGGAGUGGGAGAACUCAGGGUUCCCGCAGCAGAAGUUGAACGGCAGCAGCGGCCUGAGUGUCCCAGGGUCGUGCUGCAUCACCGCGCUGGUCAACUUCGACCUGGCCGCUCCCAACGACACCUGUGGAGCCGACCUGGGGAAUGGUACAACUGUAGAGCAGGCAAUCAACACCGAGGGAUGUUUGAACAAGCUGGAAAGUGGCGUAAAAAGUCACUUGACUACCGUGGCAGUGUUGGGAAUCCUCUUAUUAUUCGUUCAGGUUAUUGGGAUCGUUUUUGCCUGUCUCUUGGCAAGAGGAAUCCAGAACUACCAAUAUUCUCUUAUAGCGUAGUAAAGGAAAAUUACACCAUAACAAUGUUCAACUUAGAUUAUAAAUUGGUCUUUCUUUAACUACUUUAUUGUGUGGGGGUAGCUAUAGGCAUACUAAAAUUGAUAUUAUAGAGAUUAGCAUCACUUUCUAUAUGGUAUACAUGAUGUGUCGGUACAAAAGUGCAAAAUGUUAUGGUUUGAACGUUAAAGCCCAUUGUUUUUUGUUUACUUUAUUAAUACACGGAUUAAAGAGUUAGGCUAUGGUCAUAUACUAUGAAAUAAACAGAGACUUCUGUCAGGACUAGUCAUUUUUACUAUGUACAGUAAUGGAGUAUACACAUGUACGUAAUUAUGUACAGGAUGUAUAAUAUACUGAGUAGCUGUUCUUGGUAGGUGUGUAUUCAAGUUGUGGGGUGACAAGGAUAAAGAGAAAAUAUACGCUUUGACUUUUUUGAUUGAUGGAAAAUUGACGAAUAACAAAAUAUGGUAUGCAAAUACCAGUCACACUAGUCGCAAAUUGCUAUACGGCAAUUUCGUAUGGGAGUAUGGGAGGGGGUAAGGAGUUACAUGAAGAAACAUACAAGGUGCGUGUAUAAAAGAGGUAUUUCUAGAGAGAAUACUAGUAUACUACUAGUAUACUUGAGUACUUGUAUAUAUAAAGAAAAUGAAUAAAC